AUACUCUAAUGAGGAAGUAGGGCAAAGAAUUACCUCUGCCGACUGAAAAUCCUGCUCAUGAUACUUCUCACUUCAGUUUCGCACAGGGUGAAGAAUUACUUUAUUUUUAUUUUUUAACUGUGCCGUUCAGACCCCAGAGAGUAACUCUUUCAUUCAGAAGGCUUUCUCAUGGCUGGCAGAAGAGUCGUGGUCUGCUCCUCCUCAGUGGAGCUUGGCCCGUUGCUGGCCCAUAUGGUGAUAUCUCGAGCUGAAAACGCCAUCCGCUGUCGUGGCAGGUUCACCUUGGGGCUCUCUGGGGGAAGCCUUGUGUCCAUGCUCAGCAAAGAGCUACUUGCCCUGCCAGACCUGGACUGCAGCAAAUGGCUGGUGGGUUUCUGUGAUGAGCGACUGGUUCCAUUCAAUGAUCCCGAGAGCACCUAUGGACUGUACAAGGGCCAGUUAUUUUCCAAGGUCAAUAUCCCUGAUAGUGGGAUCCCUACCAUAGACUACUCUCUGCCUGUGGACCAGUGUGCUGAGGACUAUACCCACAAACUAAAAGAGGGUGCAUUGUCAGGUGAGGAUUUUCCUGGGUUUGACAUGCUACCGGGUAUGGGCCCCGAUGGGCACACCUGUUCCCUCUUCCCAGACCACCCUCUCCUAGAGGUGAGUACUUCAGUUGUGGCUCCCAUCAGGACUCUCCCAAACCACCACAAGCGUGUAACUAUGACUUUGCCAGUGGUGAACUCUGCACGCUGUGUGGCUUUUGUAUCAACAGGAGGUAGCAAAGCACCAGUAUUGAAGGAAAUCCUAGAGGGAAGAGAAGGACCCGGCUUUCCCUGCAGCUCGUGUUGUGUGCCGACUAAUGGAGAGCUGUUCUGGCUUGUGGAUGACCCUGCAGCCGCCUCCUUAACUAUUCAGGUAGAGAGGCCAGACUCAGGAGCAAACUGUAAUAUGUUAAAUUUGCAAAAUAAAGGAGGAGGGUCAAUAUUGGUGUGUAUAUUUGAAUGAGGGAACUGGAAAUCAUACUGUAGGAUAUGAUACUGAUAUUCUACUUUUACAUAAAUGUGCUGUUGGCUUAGGUAGGCAAGAUUUGGAGAUGGGGGAAUAAGGACCAACCCAAAAACACUGAGGACUCUCUGUAAAUUUCCAGUGUUGCAUUUAGCGGUAUUUUUCUUAGUUUGUGUGAGAGGUCUUUUAUUUCAGGUCGAUUUUUUUUCAAAUUCUUGCCUUUAAAAAGUAUCUCUUAAAUGUACUGUUUUUUAGUAUUUGAUUCCUGAACAAUACUGCAAGUUACUGUGAAAUAUUUGUUGUACUUGCUUCUCAGCAUAGUUGCCUUCACACCCUUCAUACAAUCAAAAAUAGUCACAACCUUGAUACUAACACUAUAUGGUUAUUCCACCUGUUUUCUAUAGAAAUAAAAACAUAAUAAAAAUGUACAUUCAACAUUGA